AUGUGUGUGGAAAAUGGUCACUGUAUUGAUAAAAGAAAAGUAUGUGAUUUUAAAAUUGAUUGCCCAACACCAGGAGGCAGUGAUGAAGCUCAAUGUGGUACAUGUACAUUUGACAAUAAUAAUGGCACAUUAUGCAGUUGGGAAGAUCAUUCGUUUUCAGAUCUCAAUUGGAUAUUAGCAACUGGAGCAACCAAUAUGGGACCAUCGAGUGAUCAUACAACUGGAAAUGGAUUUUAUAUUACUGUACCACCAAAUAAUUUCUACAAAUUUGCAUCAUUACGUUCGCCAACUGUUGGACCAGCUGGUAUCGAAUGUCAAUUAAAAUUUUCAUACUAUAUGAACACUCAGACUGCCAUGAAUUCGAGUAGAAUUUCGGUGUAUAUUCGAAACGAAAACGAUAACUUUACUUCAUUCACAUAUAUUGCGAAUAUAGAUCAUUCAACUGGGCCAGAAUGGAAACAAAAUGUCAUCAAUAUUGGAUAUCAAAGUCGACGAUUUUUUAUUGAAAUUGAUGGAAUACCUUAUGAAAAGACGGCUAUUGGCAUUGAUGAUGUAGAAUUCUAUAAUUGCCAAUCAGAAACUGCACCUGAACUUGGCUUAUCAAUCAAUUGUACAUUUGAGAACGGCUGGUGUAAUUUCUUUCAAGAUACUACAGCUGAUUUUCAAUGGACACGUACAAAUAUACAAACAUCUUCAGCCAAUGCAGGACCAGACUUUGAUCAUACAAGUGGAUCAGGUUAUUAUGUAUUUCUUGAAGCAUCUAGUCCAAGAAUACCCGGUGAUCAUGCUCGAUUGAUUUCUGCAUUACAAUAUCCAUCUUCUACACCUCAAUGUUUAACAUUCUGGUAUCAUAUGUAUGGCAGUGACAUCGGAACAUUGAAUGUAUUUGUUCAAAUGAUAUCAACUGAUCUAAAUAGUACAUCAUCAACACUCGUAUGGACUAAAUCUGGUGCACACGGCAAUCAAUGGCAUCGUGCAACACAUACAUUGGAUAAUCUUAAUUCAACUGGCAUGUAUGGUUGGCGUAUUGCAUUUGACGGUGUGGUUGGAGGCGGAUUUCUUGGUGAUAUUGCACUUGAUGAUAUUGGUUGGUCACCGAAUACUAUAUGUUCAGCUGAAAAAAUAACAACAACACUAAGUCAACCUGUUGCAUCAACAACUUAUCCACCAACGAUAUAUGAUUGUAAUUUUGAAUGUAAUUGCACAUGUAAUUGGAAAAAUGAUAAUACAACAAAUUUUACAUGGGCAGUCACACAAGCGAUGAUAUGGAGUUCUGGUAUAGUAGAUGACAGUGAUCAUACGACAGGAGCAACAUUUGGCUAUUACAUGUAUUUUAAAACAAACCCAUCAGCUAAAUUUAAUGAUACAACUCGUUUAAUUAGUCCUGAUUUGAUUAGUACAAAUGAUGAGAAGUGUUUUCGAUUUUAUUAUCGUAUGUAUGGAUCGAAUAUCUAUCAAUUAAAUAUAUAUGCACGAAUCAAUGGAAAUCUCGGUAAAGCUCUAUGGAGGAGAGAAGGCAAUCAAGGCAAUCAAUGGUUAUUUGGUAGUUUAUCAUUAGGUGGUAAUCAUCAGCAAACAAUUGGCCAACCAUAUCAAUUAGUUGUAGAAAAUCUUAUUGGUAAGAAUUUUCUUGGUUAUAUUAGUGUUGAUGAUCUAGCUGUUAAUUCCGGACCUUGUCCAAUAUCAAGUGUUUGUGAUUUUGAAAGUAGUGAACAAUGCGAUUAUAUUAACGAUCCCACAAACACCAUCAAUUGGAAGCGAUCUCAAGCUGAAACUGAUUCAUCAUUUCCAUCCAUCGAUGUUACUUAUAGUACAUCCUAUGGACACUUUAUGCUAUUAAAAGACAAAAAUACAACUGGGCCAGUAUAUAGCCGUCUUAUAACACCACAUUAUCCUAGUACAAGUGGUUCGUGCCUACGUUGGUACAUGCUAUUGGAAAAUGCACCUACGUUGAAUAUUAAAAUUGAUGCUGUCAACAUAUUGAAUUCAACUAAUCUUUAUACUAUUCAUGGUACAUAUGGCAAACAAUGGAGAUUGGCACAGACAACAAUACGUAGUACAUCAUCUUAUCAAGUGAUAUUUGAAGGCAUUUUGAACAAUGCCAAUAAAAUCAUAGAUUCUCUAGCUAUUGAUGAUAUCGAGAUGAAAUCUGGUGUAUGCGAAGAAUUAGGUUCAUGUGAUUUUGAAAAUGGUUUAUGCGGUUUCCAAAAUAUCAGAUCUGAUUUCAGUUGGAAACGAACAUCACACAGUACUGAAGUAUUAAACACACUAGAGGUAGACCAUACAACAAAUAGUGAAAGAGGAUUUUAUUUAUGGAUUGAUCGUGAACAAUCAGUGAAAGGACAAAAAGCUCGCAUUGAAUCUGAAAUUAUGCCAAUUGGUAUUCGAUGUAUAUCAUUUUGGUCCUAUUUAAAUAAUACUUUGAGUGCUGAAUUGAAUGUGUACAUACAUGAUCUACAGUUAGAUAUAUAUAGCUUGAUCUGGUCAACCAAUAAACCUAGAGGACCAUUCUGGGUAUACAGAGAGAUAAAUACUCCACCAAUUCUAACGGUCAAUCGAACUACCGGGUAUACAAUUGUUUAUGAAGCAAUCGUCGGAUCCAACACAGGAGACUUUGCUAUCGAUGACUUGCUAACACAACCAGGAGCAUGUACCCAAACAACAACUGCUGGACCGACAACACCUUACACAGGGCCUUCGACAACAAGAUACGCAGGUCCAUCAACAACAACUACUGGACCGACAACACCUUACACAGGGCCUUCGACAACAAGAUACACAGGACCUUCGACAACAAGAUACACAGGUACAUCAACAACAACUACUGGGCCGACAACACCUUACACAGGACCUUCGACAACAAGAUACACAGGUACAUCAACAACAACUGCUGGACCGACAACACCUUACGCAGGACCUUCGACAACACGAUCCACAAAUCCAUCAAUAACAGGAGAUACACAUCCGUUAACAUCCACUACCGUAGUGGGUAGUGAAUCUAUAGGAUUGCUAAUAUCAUCAUAUUCAGAAGAGUCAACCCUACAGACUGGUUCAUUAAUGGCAUCUGACUCGUAUUCAUCAACAUUGCCCGUGAUUAGUGAAACAACCGCACCUGACAGCAUAAAUGUGACAUCAAAUUCUUAUAUAGUAUGUGCUACAUAUGUCUGUUUCAAUGGUGGUUCUUGUAAACAAGAAGUUGGAGCAGCAAUAUGCGAAUGUACAAGUGAUUACAAUGGUCCACAGUGUGAAAAUAAAAAACAACCGUCGAAGAAGAGUAACUUGGCUGCUAUUUUGGGUGGAGUUUUUGGUGCACUUGGUGGUAUUGGUAUAGCUAUCUCAGUAUUUGCUUUUCUUUCAUCGAAACUUGGUGCUGCGAGAGUUGCAGUAGCAAGUACACCAUUGGUUGAUUCAUCAACGAAAGUUUCAUCUGCUAAUCCUGUAUACAGUGAAGCUGAUGUAAACGACGUAUAG